GUUAUCAGACAUGUAUAUAUAGACAGAUCUCAAAAUAUAUCCAUCUAAGAUCAGCAUCACCAACAUCACCAUAUCCCUUCGCAAACUCCCCGAGAUCUACAAAAUGGAGCGCCUCAUCUUCAACCGCAAUCACACCCCCAAGUCCAUCGUCCCCAUCAUCGGCGAGAUCCUCGACAACAACUACAUCCCCAAUGUCCUCGUCGGCGACGCCAUGCUCGGGAUCAUGGGCGCGUUCAUCUUCCCACGGUGCCUCCAAUUCGUGGUCCCAGACGACAAGAUCGACGUCGCCAUCACGACCCUGAUCGCAGCAGGCUUCCCACGCUGCGACGACAGCCGCGGAUGUCGACGCUACUCGACACACUUCCCCCUGGCCACCGCACACUUCCACCUCUGGGACGACGAAGAAGCCGGUACCACCAACCCCGGCAAGCUCUGCAUCUUCCAGAAAUCCGACAUGCUGCCGUCCUUCCCCUCCCUCCCCUUCUACAUCAGCGACUGCAACGACCCCUACUUCAUGACCAUCACGGACGACCGCCUCCCUGACGCGCCGGCCGACGAGGACCUCUUCGGCCGCUACCCAAUGGACACGUAUCCGGUGAGAAUCCCCGUCCCUGUCAAAGCGUGUGAGGCGGCGAUGCUACUGUAUUGUCGCGACCAGGAGCUGCAACUGAACAACGCGGCGUGGGAGGUCUGGCUGAUCCUGCUAGGCAAGUAUGUGUCGCAGUCAUCGCUGUAUCAGAUCGGGAGGACGGUUGACAAGGAUGGGAAUGAGGAGAAUCCAUACCUGGGGUAUUGGAAUGAGGUCAAGGGGUCGCAGAAUCGUGGCUGGCCGAGGUCUUUGGCCAAGCUACGGCUUAAGGUCCUCCGGGAGCAGGAGCUUUCUAUCUUGGCUGGGGUUGAGAUUCCGGAGAAGGAAGAGGACACGGAGGAGGACACGGAGGAGGAGGAUCAGCAGGAGUCGCCUGUGACUCCGGUGAGGGAUUAUGAGUCGUUUGAGAAGUGGGUGAUGUGAGUAUUCUUGUG